UGAUGCUUGAGACGUCGAUCGUGCCGCAGAAGAAGCUGUCGGUGCGCGCGGACCUGCGGUUCGGCGAGUUCGUGUUCCUGGUGCGCAAGCGACAGCUGCCGAAGGUCCCUGCGUCGACGGCCCUUUGGUGUAUGGUCGGCGUGGAACAUGAACUGCCACAUGUUGCGAUGACGAUGGCGCAGAUUCAUGCGAGACAUGCGGACUUUGAUGGGUGGUUGUAUGUCGUUGUGAGGGAGGAGACGACGUUCGGGAUGGCGUCGGGGGAUGAGGGCGGUGACUAACUGGUGCUAAUCCUACCUGAAGCUGCCACUCACCCAUGAGCCAUCAAUGAAUAAUGCACCGUCGUCCAUGGAACACUGCGUUCAUAGCUCUUUUUUUUACCACUUCUGCUAUC